AUGAGUGGUGUACUACUUUCGUCUAACGACGUGGAUGUCAACGUCAAUGCGCGAACACUUUGGGCCGAGGGAGAAAUCCAACCAGCCGGGAAUAGUCGACAGAACGUGUUUUCGGGACGACAGUUCCCCGCAGGCCAUCUUCCAUCUCGAGCGGACAGGUCGAUCGAGCGUGAUAUUGAGGUUACAGAAUGGCCUCAACAUACCAAGCUAGAUCGAGUAGUCGAAUCCGCGUGGGCAACACUUCUUUCUUGGUACGGCGAAACGACCGAUACCGUCUUCGAUAUCGUGGUGCCGGUAGCAGGAAUCGAGGCGUCACUUGGACUUAAAGCUGCGACUGUUCGUGUUGCCGUAGAAGGCGACAUGACUUUGAGUGCUUUACAACACCAAAUUGUCCUAUCUGAACAGGCGGCUUUAUCAACCACCGAACCUGGUAGCAAGGGUGCCGACCUGGGUUGGCAAUCCCAAUCAUUGCUCAUGGUGCAAGCCGAAGUCGAGGCAGGCGAGGCGCCAAUUUCCUACCAAAGCACUGUAGACUUGAACGACUACGCCGUCAUUCUACAUUGCGAAAUCAAAGAUACUUCCUUACUCUUGAAAAUGGCCUUUGAUUCGACUUUGCUCGGCGAGCAGCUCGCAUGGCGAGUCACGGACCACUUCGGUCACAUAUUGCGCCAAAUCUGCCGUGCCGAUAUGGUCAGAAUGAAAAUAAGCGGCCUAGACACCAUGUCUGAGGAAGACCUACGCCAAGUCUGGACUUGGAACGCCAGUGCACCCGAAGAGGUAAAGGGCUGCGUUCAUGAUCUCCUUACUGAGACCGUCUCUCGAUAUCCAGAUAAGAUCGCUAUAAGUGCCUGGGAUGGGGAAUUGACCUACACUCAAUGGGACCAGCUUUCAACCCAAUUAGCCCAUCAUCUUGUCCACAGCGGUGUUCGUCCUGGAGACGUGGUCCCGCUGGUUUUUGAAAAGUCCAUGUGGGUGCCGGUCUCUCAAUUUGCCGUCAUGAAGGCUGGCGCGGCGUCCGUGGUAGUCGAUCCUUCCCAGACCAAGGAACGCAUUAGGAUGAUCAUCGACAUCGUAAAGGCCGGGCUCGUCCUAUGUGCUCCUUCGACAGAACCCCUUGUUUCUGACGUGACCGACCACGAACCAUUCGUGGUGCAGAAGGAGACUGUAUCGGAGUUGACCAUUCGAACAACGUUGCCUCUCGUCAGGCCGAGCGACCUGCUCUAUGUAGUAUUCACUUCAGGAACCACAGGGACUCCGAAGGGUGCUGCAAUAACACAUUCCAACUUUAUGUCGGCAAUCGCGCAUCAGAACAAAUAUUUGAAUUUCAAACCGACGGCAAGAGUCGCAGCUUUCAGUUCGUACGCCUUUGAUGUGUCCUGGUCCGAUUUCAUCCACACCCUCGCGGCCGGAGGCUGUCUGUGCAUACCUUCGGAACACGACAGAAAGCAUGACUUCGUUCGAUACAUGAUAGAGAAUGAGGUGACCUUUGUACACCUUACGCCAUCGGUCGCCGCGAUUCUCGACCUGGACAAAGUGCCAACACUGGACACCGUUGCCCUUAUCGGCGAGGUCGUGGAUUUCGACAAGCUACCUCAACUCAGAAACAUCGAAACCACCAUCAUCACAUACGGCCCAGCUGAGUGUACGGUGACUACGACGGCAGUAAUCAAUAACGGUGGGACUACCAAGGCUACCAUUGGAUGGGCGCUUGGAUCAACGACCUGGAUCGCCGACCCAGACAAGGAUGCCCUUACGCCCGUCGGCUUGAUCGGAGAGUUGCUCCUAGAAGGGCCACUGGUUGGAGCAGGAUAUCUCAACAAUCCCGAGAAGACAGCGGCUGCCUUUAUCGAGGAUCCAAGUUGGUUACUGCGUGGUGGUCCCGGAGUGGAAGGCCGUCGUGGCCGUCUUUAUCGAACAGGAGACCUGGUACGCUACAAUCCCGAUGGCGAACUAAUCUACCUCGGGAGAAAAGAUACCCAGGUCAAAAUCAACGGUCAGCGUACGGAGCUAGGCGACGUCGAACAUCACAUCUGUCGAGUUCUGAAUUCGACGCCGGACGUGGCAGAUAUUAUCGCCGAUGUAGUCACACCAGAAGCCACCCAACGUCCGAUCUUGGUAGCCUUUUUGCUCAUGCCCACGACAAGUGUCGAAGAACUACCCCAGAAAGCUGCGCCGCUUAUAGAAAAGCUGGAUAAAGAAUUACCCGAUCUGGUGCCAGCUCACAUGAUCCCAAGUGCAUAUAUUCCGAUGACCGACCUUCCGAGGGGGUUAACGGGAAAGACAGACCGAAAAGCACUCCGUGAGAUAGGUGCCAAGUUGGACCGUAUAACACAUCAGGGCGCCAAUUCCGCACAGCACAUCGAACCUACUACCGAAGCCGAGAUACAGCUCAGGGAUCUCUGGGCGUCAGUGCUCAAUCUUCCAGCGAGCAAAAUUGGGGUACAAGAUAAUUUCUUGCGCCUUGGCGGUGAUUCUAUCGCCGCCAUGCGGCUAGCAACCGAUCUAGGAAGAAAGGGAGUCUUGUUGACGGUCCCGGAUAUCCUCAGACAGCCGCACCUCGGCGAUAUGGCCAAGCUCAUGUCACGAAGUGAGCUAAUGGCACGGGACGCCGUGCAGCCGUUUUCCCUGUUGAAUACAGGGAUUGACAGGGAUGACGCUUGCCGCCAAGUAGCAGAGUUGUGCUCUAUCGACGCCUCGCACGUAGAGCCUUCACAGGUCGAGGAUAUUUUCCCUUGUACAGCACUUCAGGAAGGCCUGUUGGCCAUGACCGCGAGGAGCUCGGGCAAAUACGUGGCUUGCCAAAUUGCCGAACUGAAGCCAGAGGUCGACGUAAGCAGGCUUCAGGAGGCGUGGCAAAAAGUCUCUGAAAGAGCUUCCAUACUUCGCACGCGCAUCGUCGACCUACCGGGUCAGGGCCUAGUACAGGUUGUCCUUCGAGAGGCAUUGCAAUGGCAGACUUUUUCUUCCUUGGAGGAAUAUCAUCAAGACAGAAACAACGCCGGCAAAGAACUGCAGCAAGAUGGUAUCGAAAAUGCUGCGUUUGGCCUAGGCACACCCUUAUCACGUUUCGCAAUCAUACAUGAUGAAACAGCAGGUAAGAGAUACUUAGCCCUGACACAGCAUCAUGCGACAUACGACGGCUGGUCCAUGCCACUGCUGCAAAAAGAGGUGGAAAAAGCGUAUGGCAGGGAGGGAGACCUAUCCUCACUUCCGCUGCAAGGGUUUGUGAAAUAUGUGAUGGAACAACAUGGCGAAGACGGGAUUUCUUUCUGGAAGCGACAGUUUUCCGAGAUAGAAGCAUCGCCAUUUCCCGCCCUCCCCGCUCAAACGUACGAGCCAAAGCCGGACACAGUCAUCAACCAUUCGAUAGAAAGCGUUCGUUGGCCCACUUGCGGCGUCACGCCCUCUUCCGUACUUCGCACGGCUUGGGCGACGCUCGUCUCCUGGUACGUGGAUUCGCCAGACGUCACGUUUGGAGCUGUCGUAUCGGGCCGUCAAGCUCCCGUGCCAGGAAUUGAGGACGUGAUAGGUCCCACCAUAGCCACCGUUCCGCUCCGAAUCCUGGUCCGCGGAACCGUCGACGAACUAUUGCAUCAGGUGCAGCGACAGGCGAUUGAGAUGAUCCCAUUCGAACAAUACGGCCUCCAACACAUCCGUCAAAUCAACGAGGAUGCCAAGUAUGCCUGUGACUUCCAGACACUUCUGUUGGUAGAUCAAUCAGUCGAGGAUGACACAACCGAUAGCCCGGUCUUUGGACACGCUCUAAGUGACCAAGAAAUAGAUUCUGUCUCGGAAAAUACAUAUGCCAUGAUGCUCACCUGCCAGACAUCGGAGUCAAGGUUAGAUAUGAAGCUAAGCUUCGAUUCGAACGUUGUUAAAGUGGACGCGGCGGUACGGCUCCUUCAGCAGUUAGAGCAUAUAUUAGUUCAAUUCGCCUCUGUCGAUGGCUCUACAGAGAUAUUCGAUCUCAGCAGAGUUAGCGAGCGUGACCUGUACGAUAUAUGGAAAUGGAACGCUGUAGUGCCGGAGACCGUCGAGGACUGUGUUCACAAUGUAUUUGCUCAGAGGGUUGCCGAAAGACCCGACGCGCCCGCCGUUUGCGCAUGGGACGGCGAGCUGACAUACGCCCAACUAGAUAGGUUUUCCACACUGCUGGCAGGCCACCUCAUCAGCUCGGGACUCGGAGCCGGUGACAUCGUGCCGCUAUAUUUCGAGAAGUCAAAGUGGGUGCCCGUUGCGAUAUUUGCGGUCAUGAAAGCUGGUGCAGCAUCUGUUGCUUUAGACGUAACAUUACCUCGGUCCCGCUUGGAGAGUAUCGUGAGCCAACUGUCGGCCAAGAUAAUGUUGACCUCGAAGUCUUGUGCGAAGCUCGGGGCCGAGAUCACCAAUGCCCUGACGAUUGAAGUAGGAGAUGAUUGGGAUCGUCUCGAGCGGCUAUCUCAACCGAUUGUGGAAAUGCCGAUAAUCGUUUUCACCUCUGGCAGCACGGGCGCCCCGAAAGGCGCAACCGUCACACACGCUAAUUUCUGCAGCGCAAUCCGACACCACCAAAAAGAGCUCGGCUUCGAAAGCUCAUCAAGAGUUUUCGACUAUACCUCGUACGCCUUCGACGUGGCAUGGUCGAAUGUACUGCACACACUGACCGUGGGUGGAUGUCUCUGCAUCCCGUCGGAGGACGAACGUACGGCCGACAUCAACGGCUCCAUCAACCGACUGGGGGCAAAUUUUAUCCACCUUACACCAACAGUCGGCCGCUUUCUCGAUCCUACCGCGUUGAAAAGCCUGAAGAAGGUUUUGUUCAUUGGCGAAGCGCUCAAGGCGAGUGAUGUGGCCAGAUGGGAGGCUUCCGGGGCCGAGAUCUACAAUACAUACGGUCCUGCUGAAUGCACCGUCACGAGCACAGUUGAGAUAAUCCAAAUGGGAGAGACCACCAACAGAGUCGGUGAACCAGGUAUUGGCAAAGGUAUCGGCGCGUUGGCUUGGGUAGUCCAACCUCGUGCGCCUGAUAGGUUAGCUGCCAUCGGGACCAUAGGGGAGCUGUGGCUCGAGGGGCCGAUUGUGGGCGCAGGCUAUCUGAACAAUCCUGAGAAGACAGCCAGUGCUUUUGUCGAGGACCCAAAAUGGCUCUUACACGGAGUUCCGGGACGAGUGCCUGGUCGCCACGGACGUCUAUACAGAACAGGUGAUUUGGUCUACUAUAACCCAGACGGCUCUCUUGCGUUUGUCGGGCGGAAGGAUACUCAGGUAAAGAUCAAUGGCCAACGCAUGGAAUUGGGAGAGGUUGAAUACCACGUCCGCGAACUUGUUCCUACCGAGGCGGUGCCACAGAUCGUGGUAGACGUGAUCACCCCGGACGCCACUCAGAGCCCGACUCUGGCGGUGUUUUUGGUCAUGCCCAGCGAGGAGGACGAUAGUGAAGAAGUCGGGCUGAACGGGCAAACUGUUCUGAUGAUAGGAAACCUUCGAAAGAAGCUGUCGGAAUUGCUCCCGUCGUAUAUGGUCCCCACUGCAUACAUUCCUGUUCCCCUUGCAAAGCUGCCCAUGACAGCAACAGGAAAAACAGACAGACGAAGGGUUCGCGAAUUGGGUAAAGCCUACCGUCCACGAGCGCUUUCGUCACCAUCGAUCGCGUCGUCGACUACUUUUGAUGCUGGAAUGACCGAUACGGAGAAGACCUUGCGGGAUAUCUGGGCUAAGCUGCUUGGUAUCAAGCCUGAUCUUAUGGCUGUAGGUCACAGCUUCUCCGAGCUCGGGGGCGACUCCAUCAAGACUAUGUCACUGGCUGUGGCAAUACGCAAGCAAUUCGGCGUCAACAUCGGAGUACCGCGAUUAAUCCGACAGCGAUUUAGCUUGAAUGAACUCGCCGUCCUCAUCGACAACUUAAUGCGCGGCCAGUCUGUUGAGGAACCGACGGAGCCGACACACACUGACCUGGAGCGCGAGAUCGACUUGCUGGUGAGCAAGAUUGAAUUCAGCCGGACCGAAAAAACCGGGUCGACCGUCUUCCUCACCGGAUCAACUGGAUACCUGGGGACACAGAUUCUCCGCUACACGCUCACAAGGCGUGCAUUCGACAAGGUCGUGCUACUCGUACGUGGUCUUAACGAACAGAAGGGGCUCGACAGGGUGAUAAAGACGGCCAAGAUAGCCGGGUGGUGGAGGGAAUCGUUUGCCUCGGCAAUCGAAGUCUGGGAUGGGGACCUCUCGGCCGAAAGACUAGGACUAAACGAUUCACAAUGGAGCGCGUUGUGCGGUCGUCCAAGCGCACACGAUACCAUCGAUGCCAUCAUCCACAACGGUGCGGUGGUGCAUUGGAGCACCAACUACGACGGUUUGAAAGAUGUCAACGUUGGUUCUACGAUACAGCUACUACAGGCCGCGAUGGCCUCUCCUCGCCUCAAGAGCUUUGUGUACGUUUCGGGUGGUCUCAUCACGGACAGCCGAACCUGGACCGAGGAAGAAGCGAGAAUGGCCAACGGAUACGAUCAAACCAAAUACGUGUCGGAGAGAUUGGUGAGCGCUGCCGCAGCCCAGUCUCGCAAACCAGGCACGACGUUUUCGGUGGUCAAACCGGGACAGAUUAUCGGGGACAUGUAUACGGGUGUGGCGAACCCCGACGAUUUCUUAUGGAGAGUCGUCAUGGGCGCGGUCCGGCUCGGAGCUCGCCCGGUCGAUUCGGAAACGUCAUGGCUCUCCAUGUCGGAUGUCCGCCACGUCGCAGAGUCAAUCCUGUGGCACGCGACAGGAAAGAGUAACGAGCACUUCGUCCAUAUCAAGAGGGGCGUCUGGGUCAGUGCCUUCUGGGCGGCGGUCGAGGACCAAUUGCAGCUGGAACUGCGGCCGGUCUCGUGGGACGAGUGGAUCGGGCUCGCCAGGCAGGACAUGGCGCGGGAACAAGAACUCCAUCCACUAUGGCCAGUCCAACAGUACCUGGGCGCUCUCGGCACUGAACUUGAAGUGACCGAGAACGAGAGCAACGAAUGGGAGAUGCGUGAGGUGCUGGCAGCCGCGCGGCAGAACAUUGAAUACCUUCGAGGCAAAGGUUUCUUCAGCCGCAGCGGUAGCGGUGGAAAGCCAAUGAGUGGGAAAAUAAUGACAAGGACCCGGAAUAUAUUCGCUACGGGUUUGAAACUUAUAAGCACUUAACACCCGAAGUUGUUCGGGAUAAUUUAUCGACCUAACUUAUCCGUAUUCAAGCAACUCAAUUGUGCGCAAGAAUCUAAGUAUUUUUUAAAAAAAAAAAAAAAUAUGUCACGUUAAGUGAGGAGGAGAUCUAAUGGGAAU